UUGCCGUUCGCUCUGAGAUUCCUUCCUCGCUCCCUCCCAUGUGCCUGCGGUUCUCAGACAAUUCCCUUUGCUGCCGCGGCAAGAAAUGCCAAACCGAUAGAUCUGAGGAGCAACACGUACCACGCUCUCUUGCAAGCUUGUAAUUGUCAGGAUCCAGUUGCUAAAUUCACCAGGUUUUCUAAGUUCACCAGUUUUCAACUGCUCGAACACCAUUAAGAAUUUAGGAUUGCACAUGACACCCCUAUUGACUUGCGUAUAUUUUUGUGUUCUCCACUUGAUCUGCAAUUCUCGAUUCACCGAGGCCGCGAGAUCCUUGCGGCUCGUGAGCGGCUUCAGAAAGCCUAAAGACGAACAAACGAACGAACGAGGCAAGAGUGCUCGUGAUACGAAAGGGAAAAGGAAGAGAAAGGAGCUGAAGAAACGUGGUUUCCAUGAACUGCCAGCCGGUCGGCUCUGCCUACCGACCACCAGUCCAGCAGCAAGCAGCGCCCCGCCCGGAUUAGUUAAUUAAUCGCGAUCCGCUUUCCAAAUCAUCGCGUAUUCGUGUAGCGUAGUCGGUUGUAUCGUUCUCCCCGGCCACUACUGCCGCGCUGUGCUGCGUGUGCCGUACCUAUCUAUCAUCCGCCAUUAUCAAUCUUCCACUUGUUAAUUCCUCCCCGUGUUAGUUAACUAAUUCUUCAGCUUGCCUGGCAUGCCUGCCAUGGAUGUACUACUUCAAAACCCAGAGGAGGAAGAGGAGGAGGAGCUCUCUGCUUUCUGAGGCUGUAAAGGUGUUCGUUGUUGAUAUAUCGCUGCUGUCUAUCUCUGGAGCUGAACAGGCAGCUGCGGGGAGAGAGAUGAAGGCGGUCUCGAGGAGCAAGAGCUUCAAGAAGGGCAGGGGCGCUUCCUCCUGCAGCCUCCCUUUGCUGCUGCUCAUUGGGGCGGUUCAGUUCUUCGUCAUAGGCAAGCCGUUCCCGUCGCUGUUAUUGGAUAGCAGGAAAGUCUUCAAUCUGACAGAGGAGGAGUUCAUCCCGGAGCCCCACGUGAGCUGCGACUUCAGCGGCAACCGGUCCGACUACUGCGAGCUGACGGGCGCCAUCCGCAUCCGCGGGAGCACGUCGGAGGUGUUCCUGGUGACCCCUCGCCGCGCCACGGCCGGAGAAUUCCUCGGCCCGAACGCCACGGGCUGGGGGAUGAUCGCCGCCAACGCCACGAGCUGGGAGAUGCAGCCGUACACGCGCAAGGGGGAAUCCCGGAUCAUGACGGGGAUCACGAAGCUCACCGUCCGCCUGUCCUCCACGGCCGAAGACUCGCCGCCGGCGUGCGACGUGAUGCACGACGACGUCCCCGCCGUGGUGUACUCCAACGGCGGCUACUGCGGCAACUACUACCACGACUUCAACGACAACAUCAUCCCGCUCUUCAUCACGGCGCGGCACCUCGCCGGGGAGGCGCAGCUGGUGGUCACGCAGAAGCAGGCCUGGUGGUUCGGGAAGUACGCCGAGAUCGUCUCCGGGCUGAGCAAACACGAGCCCGUGGACAUGGACGCCGACGCCCGGGUUCACUGCUACCGGCGGGCCUUCGUCGGGUUACGGAGCCACAAGGACCUCAGCAUCGACCCCCGCCGCGCCCCCAACAACGUUUCCAUGGUGGAUUUUAAAAGGUUCCUCAUGUGGCGCUACUCGCUGCCCCGGGAGCACGCCAUCCGCACGGACGACGAGCACCAGAGGAAGCCGCGGCUGCUGAUCGUGACGCGGCGGUCGAGGCGGCGGUUCGUGAACCUGGAGGAGAUCGUGGCGGCGGCGGAGGAGGUCGGGUUCGAGGUGACGGCGUCGGACCUGAUCACGUCCUCCAAGAAGAAGGGGGAGUCGUCGGCGGACGACAGCAAGAUGCAGGCGCGGAUGGCGGAGGCGUCGGCGACGGUGAACGCGUACGACGCGAUGCUGGCGGUGCACGGGUCGGGGCUGACCAACCUGCUGUUCCUGCCGAUGAACGCCGUGGUGGUGCAGGUGGUGCCGCUGGGGAGGAUGGAAGGGCUGGCCAUGGACGAGUACGGGGUGCCGCCCAGGGACAUGAACAUGAGGUACAUCCAGUACAACAUCACGGCGGAGGAGAGCACGCUGUCGGAGAUGUACCCGAGGGGCCACCCGGUGUUCCUCGACCCCGGCCCGAUACACAAGCAGAGCUGGUCGCUCGUCAAGGACAUCUACCUCGGCAAGCAGGACGUCCGGCUCGAUCUCAACAGGUUCCGGCCUGUUCUGCAGAAGGCGCUCGACCUCCUCAGAUGAUGAUGACCCACUGACGUUACUACAGCCCGCCGGCCGUGAGAAAGAACGACGACCGACUACACAAACAUAAUACUCCCCAGAUCAAAUUAAUCCUUUUUUUUCAUUCUUCUUCUUCUUGAUUUCUUUGGGUCGGAAGUGAAAUGGUGUACGUACAAUUGAUUAUAGCUUUUCUUUUUGGCCGUUGCAUGGACGAUUUUCCAAUCAUAGUCCAGUCCUUUUCUUGGAA